AUGUCAUACCAGUUUUCCUUGACUAAUGGAAAACAAAAACGAUUUUCCAUUGACGAUGCUUUUGAAGAAGAAACGGACGAAGCCAUAAAAGUGUACGGAACCGCAGGCCCUAGAUCACCUAUAUCUAGUUCUAGAAUUAUGGUCGGCGAUGGUGAUCAUGUAGCUGUUAACAUGGAAAAUGGAAGAAGUUACAAAAUGGCCAACGACACAUCCAGAGAUAGUGAUUCUUUGAUACAAGAUUAUUAUGAUUGUCCUAAUGAAGAAAAUUUCAGUAGAUCAUGUUUCAAGCAUCCAAAAGUUAAAGAAAAUUGGAGGAUGGUACUGGCAGCAGCAACUUUACUAAUAAUAGGGAUAGGAUUACUAGCAACAGGUAGUGUUACAUUAGCAGAGCCUAAUUCUGGUUUGCAAGGUUUGGUGUUCUUAUUAGCUGGAUUUAUCUGCUUUUUACCUGGAGCAUAUCAUAUUGUAUAUAUAUAUUUGGCUGCUAAGGGUAAACGUGGGUAUCACUUUCACAAUUUGCCCUUGUUUACUUAA